ACUCUGAUGGGCAGCACUAACUGUUGAGAGGGCAUGGAGAGGUGAGAGCACUGCCAAAGACACCAGAAAGUAAAGGGGCCAUCACGCAGUUAUUUUAUAGCAUUUAGCUAUAUUAUGCAUCCUGAUACCUCUAACGAAAUAAUCUCGAAGGUAGCGAAGUGUGGCGUGCAUGCCAGGGAUUAGGUGUCGGACCUUUCGUUUCAGGGGGAGGAGGCGUUUCCAUAGUUUGCCCGUGGAGUGGGUUAAUCUGGGGCAGGUACAUGAGGCGGAGUCAUAGGGGAGUUGGCUGACACUGGCGGCGCUGAGUGCAUCGUUUGCUGGAGCAGUCCCUAUUCGGGAGUUGGUUAAUCAUGACCUCGCUCAGAUCCUCUGGGAGAAAGCUCGUGUUCAACCCCGACCAGAUUUUGCAGCCAAACGCUCACGUACCAGAUCUUGAGACGUACACACGGCUGUAUAAGCAAUCGGUCGAAAACCCAGAAGAAUUCUGGGGUGAGCUUGCUAAAGGGUUUCACUGGAAGAGUCCUCCGACAGGAACAAUUCUGGAUUAUAAUUUUGAUGCGUCGAAGGGGAAUGUGUACGUGAAGUUCAUGCAAGGAGCAACAACAAACAUCUGCUACAACCUGCUGGAUAGAAACAUACAAGAAAAUGGUCAAGGAAAUAAAGUAGCUUAUUACUGGGAAGGAAAUGAACCUAAUGUCUGCUCCACCAUCACUUACUCUCGGCUCUUAAAGGAAGUCUGCAAGUUUGCCAAUGUUCUACGGAAUUUAGGGGUGAAGAAAGGUGACAGGAUUGCCAUAUAUUUACCAGUGAUCCCAGAGCUGAUAUAUGCAAUGCUGGCAUGUGCAAGAAUAGGAGCGGUACAUUCAGUGGUGUUUGCAGGUUUCUCAGCUGAAUCUCUGUGUGAGAGAAUAUUAGACUCACAAUGUAUAUUACUGGUUACUGCAGAUGGUUUCUACAGAGGAGAAAAGCUUGUAAACCUAAAGCAGAUCGCAGAUGAUGCCUUGGAAAAGUGCAAAGACAAAGAAAGCUUUACUCUAAAAAACUGCAUUGUGGUACAACACCUUGGUGACAAGGUGAGAAACAACCAUGAACAGGAUAGUUGUAACAUCCUGCAGUUGUUCUGGAACUGUGGAACAGAUUUGUGCUGGGAUGCACUAAUGAAAGAUGCGAGUGAGCAUUGCGAACCAGAAUGGGUUGAUGCCGAACAUCCACUUUUCAUCCUGUAUACAAGUGGAUCAACUGGGAAACCCAAGGGCGUACUGCACACUGUUGCAGGUUAUUUAAUUUACACUGCGGUCAGUUUUAAGUAUGUCUUUGAUUACCACGAUGGUGAUGUCUACUGGUGCACAGCUGAUAUUGGAUGGAUUACUGGACACUCCUAUGUCAUCUAUGGCCCACUGGCAAAUGGUGCGACAUGUAUUCUUUUUGAAGGUCUCUUACUCUAUCCACAUGUCGGGAGGUUGUACGAAAUGGUUGAAAAGUACAAAGUGACAAAGCUUUACACAGCGCCCACAGUGAUUAGGAUGCUGAUGAAGUUUGGAGAGGAGCCUGUGAGAAAGUUCAAUCUCAGUUCUUUGAGAAUCCUGGGCUGUGCUGGAGAGCCGAUUAACCCAGAGGCGUGGACAUGGUAUUAUAGUGUGAUUGGUAAUGGCAAAUGCCCAAUCGUGGAUACCUUCUGGCAGACUGAAACGGGUGGCCCAAUGAUGACUCCUUUGCCUGCUGCUACACCCUUGAAGCCAGGAUCAACUACAUUUCCGUUCUUUGGUGUUCUGCCUGCAAUUCUCAAUGAGCAUGGUGAGGAACUGGAGGGAGAAGCUGAGGGUUACCUGGUAUUCAAACGACCUUGGCCAUCCAUACUGCGCACUGUGUAUGGAGACACGGAGCGCUUUGAGGCAACUUACUUCAAACAGUUCCCAGGAUUUUAUUUGACUGGAGACAGUUGCAGACGUGAUGCAGAUGGUUAUUACUGGAUCACCGGAAGAAUAGAUGACAUGCUGAAUGUCUCAGGUCACCUGCUGAGCAGUGCGGAGGUAGAAUCUGCCCUGGCAGAGCACAGUGCAGUCGCUGAGGUUGCUGCGGUAAGCCACCCACACCCAGUGAAGGGCGAGUGCAUCUACUGUUUUGUCACUCUCAAGGACGGAAGAGAAUUGACUCAGUCCAUUACAGAUGAACUGAAAAACAAAGUACGACAAAAGAUUGGACCCAUAGCAACACCUGACUUCAUACAAAAUGCACCUGGGCUUCCAAAAACCCGUUCAGGUAAAAUAAUGAGACGCAUCCUGAGGCGUAUUGCUUGCAAUGAAAAAGAUUUGGGGGAUACUUCCACUCUCAUAGACCCAAGUGUGGUGGAAAUCCUGUUCAGCCAACGAUGUCAAGCAGCUGCUUAAAUUCUGAUAAAGAAGGGCAUUUUCUGAUAAAUUCAAAUACUCAGCUGAGCGUCUCGAACUGACUGGCCCAAAUAGGGGCCAGUAAUUGCAAUUGCACGGAUCUUCCAGCUUUUUAAUGAAAACAAAAAUCAAAUACUUAGUAACCUGUCUCUUUAAGGAAUGUCUGUAUAAACCCUUCACAAUAUCUAAUCACUUCUGAAAUAAUCUCAGGAUAUUAAGCCAUCUCUAAUGUAGUUGGAAGUCAAUUACAUAUAUUGAUCAUUGUGUGAAAAAGUCCUUGUUAGCAAUCCUCACAUUACCUUUCUCAGACUUGAACUUAAGUCCCCAGUUUCUAUUGGCACAAUUCAGACCCAUGGUCUGAAUUGACUUUUUGAAUACUUUGACCAAGCUUAGUGAUCUUUCUAAAUUAAUCUCUCAGAUCCUUUCUUUCCAGGUUGAAAGACUCAUGGAUCUGCAGUUUCUCAGAGUUACAGAGUGAUAUUGGGAACAGCAUCUCUAUUCUGCAGUGACUCCAGUGUUUUAAUGACCCUUCUGUUUCUCACUGAUCAUCAUAUUUGCACUUAUGCCACUGAUUACAGUAACACUGCUUGGGGAAGUGUGUUUCUCAUUUUGUCCUUGUGGGAAGUUGUAUUCAUCCUCCAUCUGUUUGAAUCUUUUAUAAAUUCACCUCUUUUUGACUGUUUUCCCACUGCAGGAUUUGUGCCGAUCACUUUUUCCCUAUGUUUCUCUUUACAUUUGCUAAUAUGUUUAGGGUCAUGUAGUUUAGCGUGAGGUUGUAUAUUUUGGGUUAUUUAACCUGUUGAUCACCAUUCCUCAGGCAAGGGGAGAAGUUGAGAAGGAGAGUCUGUCAUGGUAACCUCAGCUGGUGGUGGGAAUUGAACCCAUGCUGUUGGUGUCACAAUGAAUCACAAACCAGCCAUCUAGUCAACUAAGCUAACCAAAGCCAGUUCUCCACCUUAUUCCUAAGUAUUUUCAAGGGAUCUAAUUCACUCACCUACUCCAGUAAUACAUUCUGCAAUCCCACAGCUCUCUGUACAAAAACUUUCUUAUGUUCAUCACAGUUCUUACACCUUGUGACUUUUCAUUCUAGAUCCAUCAGUCAUUGGAAUCACUGGUAUCCACUCUGUUCCAUUUCUUCAAAGAUCAUUUACACUUUUAAAUCGUCCCAUGAUCUACUCUGUUUUGUUAAAAAUGACCACAACUUUUCAAGUCUUUCUUCAAAUGAAAAUUCUUACUAUUCGGUAUCUUAAUAAAUGCUGAUUGUGAACACAAAUUUGAUUCCAAAUAUUUGUAUUUUGCCAGUUAACUGCAAUUUUCUCCUUAAGUUAACAAAUCAUCUUGAGAGGGAUAGUCACACGACCAAGCCACAUCCUGUCUUCUCCCGAUAGUCACAAUCUCUCCAGCUCUGAUAGCAGGGUGGACAGAACAUUCCCCAAAUCCUGCUGGAGAAUUAAAACCAUACAGUGCCAUUGUUCCUGGUAGAGGUUAACUAACUCAGUACGAAUCAAUUGCAGGCACAAUGGGCCAAAUGGCCUCCUUCCUCUAUGAUUCCACCUGACCUUAUGACCCAGAGGGGUUUUCAGGUUGGCACCUCAGUAAACUUGUACCCCCUCCGUUGCCAGCACACAGUAGCAGCAGUGGGCACCAUCUACAAAAUACACCCCAGCAAUUUGCCAAGGUUCCUUCAACAGCACCUUCCAAAAUCACAGCCUGUAUGAUUUAGAAGAGCAAGGGCUGCAAAUGCAUGGGACCAGCAUCACUUGCAAGUUUGUCUGCAAGUCCCUCAUCAUCCUGACUUACAACUAUAUCACUGUUGUUUCACUGUCGCUGAGUCAAACUCCUGGAUCUCUCUUCCAAGGGGCAUUGUUGGUGUAUUUACAAUGGUUCAAGAAGGCAGCUUACUACCACCUUCUUUCAGCCAAUUAUGGGUGGGUAAUAAAUGUUAACCUUAUCAGUUCCCUUAUUCCCAUGAAUGAAGAAUAAAAAGCUUUGCAGUGUCUAAAUUUACAACUGAGCUAUCCAGGCCGUACCUUAACCUAUAUAACUAUACCUGAUAAUGACACCAUUCAUAUUAAUUGCUUUCGCUUUAAGAGUGAAGCAUUGCACUCACUGCUACUUAAAAACAGCACUUUUUGCUAAUUCUAAUGAAAACAUAUAUUAAAAUGUCAGCUUGAUGCCAGGAAGAUUUCUUAUUAGUAUCUCUCACUCCUUAAAUUCUUACUGAGUGAUGCAUUUCUGUGAACCAGAAAGAUGCGACAGAUCAGUCAAAGAAGUCUGUCAAACACCAGCUUGGACGUUUUGCAUUUUCCUGUUUCUAAAUAAUUUCAACUUUACAAUGUAUCAUUCCCACUGCGCCUGUCCUUUGCUAUAGCAAACAGCAGAAUUAAACUAAGUGAUUUCUCUUCCUUUGCCUUGUAAUUGAUAACAUUGUGUACAUAAUCCUUGAAACUAGAUUAUCAGAAAAAGUCUAUCAAUCUCUUAAUAUUCCCACGCUUUGAAAGUUCAUGAGUGGGGUAUUUGAUAUUGAAGAAGUUAAUUUGGUUUAAAUAUAUUGCAAUUGUUUUGAUGUAACUGUUACUAAUAUCACAUUUUGUGACUCUAGUACCGUUGAAACCUGUGAUCCUCAAUCAAUAUAGUAUAAAUAUUUCUGGACGACAAGGUUCAGGCCAAACCCAUGGUGUGUGUCUUUUACUCAGUAAGCCCUCAGAAAAGACUGUCUACUUAAAUUAAUAAAGGU